UGUCGCAAAAUAACAUCCACAAACCGGACCCAGCCAAUUUUGACAAUCGGAUAUGAAGGCAGGCGGUGGAGUUGUGUUCAGUGUUCCACGCGCCGCCGCGUUUCCCGCAGUCCUCUUCGGCCACCGCCGUCCCACUUUCCGCUGCUACUCAUCAUCGUUUCCCGAGCACGCGUCAUUUAUAAAAGAUGUAGCCGCCACACAACCACCGGAGCAUUUGAAUCAUCUCCUCAAAAUGCUUCAGAUUAAAGGUGAUCAAAUCAUAUCUCCGGGAGCAAAGCAAGGGCUGAUUCCUCUCGUUGUUCCUCUAUCCAAAAAUAAAUCAGGUUCGGUAACGGCAUUGUUACGAUGGCCAACAGCUCCGGCUGGGAUGGAGAUGCCAGUGGUAGAAGUUCGUAAAUACGGAGUGUGGCUUUUGUCUAAGAAUGUCGAGCAAUACAUCAACAGAAUCUUAGUGGAAGAAGACAUUAAAAACUCUCAAGAAAGAAACGAGGAGUUAUUUCACGCCUCAUCCAGCACAGAAAAUAAGUUUUACGAAAAGGGCGAUUUUGCUUCGUCUCAGAUUUCGAGCUUAGAAACCUAUCUUUUAAAGAAGGUAGGUUUGUUUCCGGACAUACUAGAACGGAAAGUCGAGCAGCAUUUUGGCAAAGGAGACAAUGUUUCAGCCUUGGUGACUGGGGAAUUCUACAUUAAAAGGGACCAUUUUCCGGGAUUCGGCCGCCCCUUCGUCUUUAAUGCAGAAGUUUUACUAAAAGUUGGACGAAGUAUAGAAUCCAAAGAUUCUGCGAGGGUGGCUCUGAAAUCGCCAUGGUGGACACUGGGCUGUGAGUAUCAGAAAGCUGCUGAUUUAGCUCAAUGGGAGGACGAACAAAUUGAGUACAUCAAAGAGAGAGUGACGGAUGAGGGAAGACAAGACGACUUGAAAAAGGGAAAGGAACCUGCUCAGAUUGCAUUGGAUGAAGCUGCAUUUCUUUUGGAUUUAGCUUCAGUUGAAGGAACAUGGGAUGCAUCUGUCGACAGGGUUGCUGAAUGUUACAGAGAAGCUGGGCUUCAUGAUAUCGCCACGUUUAUUCUUUACAAAGGCUAAAUUUCUGCAGACGUCCUAUUUUCGGCAUUUAUGUUUUGCAUUGAGUUUUGUUUCGACUCUAAAUCGAUAAUUUUUCGAAAUAUUUAUAAAGGAAUUCUUUAGAUACUUAAUGUACGACCACGAUCUUGACCGUUCACAAGGAGUAGGUCUUAGUAA